UACAGUAAGUUAGUCAACUUCUUGUGUCGUAUUGACGGAUUUCAAAUCGUUCUUUUGACACGCAUGUUUUGUCUAAAUACACGUGAAGAUGAAUUUCCUGCAUUGUAUUUUGAUGCUUAUCUUCGUGAUACAUGACGAUACUCUGGAGUUAAAUGUUCAAGGCUCUGCUACUCUGGUUGUUCCUCUGGGAGGUUCAGUGGUUCUGCCCUGCUAUGUUGAAACACCCUUAGUAAUGGAAAGUGUGAGGGUGGAAUGGACAAGAACAGAUUCAGACAUUCUGGUCCAUCUGUUUCUAAAUGGAGAUAUUAGACCAGAGGCUCAACAUCAGGAUUAUCAUGAUAGAGCUCAUUUCUUUACUGAAGACAUUAAACAUGGAAACUUCUCACUCCUGUUGAACAAUCUGACAGCUGAAGACAAGGGGGUUUAUAGAUGUAAAGUUUACAGCAACAAGGAUGCUGACAAAACUUUGGUUACAAUAAAAGAUGUUGAAUAUUUGAUAGUGUCAGGAUCAGAUCAGUUGAUAUUUGCGUAUGUGGGUGAUGAUGUCACUAUGAGCUGCUUUGUGGAUUCUCACAUCAAACCUGAAGAGAUUGAAGAGGUUUCAUGGAAGAAAAGAGAUAAAGAUGAAGAAAUCCCAGUUCUUCUCUAUCAAAACAAUAAAAAUAAAUCAGAAUCAUCAGAUGAGCGAUACAGAGACAGAGUUGAGUUCUUCACUGAUGAAAUCCACAGAGGAAACUUCUCUCUCAGACUGAAGACAGUCAGAACUGAAGAUAAAGGAGUUUACAUCUGUCAAGUGUUUGCUGGACGACUUUCAGCCAACACAACUGUAAUACUGGAGAGACUGGGUUUCUCAGCUCUACAUAUAUUGGUGUUGACUCUCUGUAUUGCUGCAUGUGGAUCGGCUCUUCUGUUCUACUCUCUCACAUACUGUACAUUAAAUAGUAAAGGCAUAAAGGUGCUGCUUCAUGUUUGUCUUCACUUUUGCCCAAAUAUUAUGAUGUUACUGGCUUUGGUUCUCUGGUAUGCUGCUGAAGGAUCUUUGCUUGAGACAGUCUCUUUGCUUGAGACAGUCUCUUGCUGUACGCUCUAUAUUUUGAGGCCUCUGAGGUUGUUUUGGGUUACACCCCAUAUCAGCGAUUUUCCAGACACAAUUAGUAACCUAAUCAAGUCUUCACAUGCUGAUCAGUAUUUUCCUGCUGUCACAGUAGCAAUGUUUUCAGCUCUGUUAGCAGAACAUUUCAAAGACUUCGACACAAUCACUGUGAUGUUUAUCUGUGUAUCACUGAUCCUGCUGUGUCUGAGCUUUGUCAUACAUUUGGCUAGAUGCUGUGUGAAGUUGCUCUCAGACUUUGGAGAAUCGUGUCAACUAAAGAACAAUGAAAUUAUUAAGGGUAUUGCCUGCUGCUUUUAUUUGCUGCCUUCAGUACAAAUGGGCCUUUUCUUCUACCCUCUUGUUGGCUUCUUGACAGCAUUAAUUAUUGCUGCAGUGUUGCUAGUGCUUGCUGGUUUGUGUUUUUUACUCAAGUGUUGGACUGGCAGAAAAAGGACACAACAGCGCAGUUUUUUUUAUCUAGAUAAAGCGGUAUGGAUACUGAUGUGUGUAAUGAGUGUGCGGAUGAUUUACGCUUACAUUGAUUUCCUAAGAAAUAAAGGAGGUAAUGUAGGACUGGUUUGUAUGGCUGGAUUUUCUCAAGCGUUGUGGGUGAACAUAUUUUCUGAAGUCCCAGUCAAUUAUCCGAGGUUUUGGAACAAAAACGUUUUGUUCCUGUUUGGAUCAGUCGGGCUUGUUCUCGUGAACUCUGUGGCACUGAUGACAGACUUGAUAUUUAAAGCUGUUAACGGUAAACGUCUGGUUGAACAUCAGAGGAUUGUUGUCUUCCCCUGUGAAUGCCUCUUUACCAUACCUCUUCUGAUUUUACCCAUUUUUAAACCCUGGACAGCUUUCCGAUCAGAAUCUCAAGGGGACUCUGUGGAUUUUGAUGGGACUCACACUGAAAAGUGGACAGAUUUUAACCAGAACCAGAGGACAGGAGAAUCUUUUGAAAUGAAAGUUGUAAAUGUACCUUUGAGCAAUGAGGAGGAAGAGGAGGAAGAGGAGGAUAUCACCUGACCUGAGGUCUUUCAGCCUAGUCCGUAUUGUGAGAGGUCCUUUAGGCAUAUAUCUUUUUUGUUACUCCCAGAUAACAACCGCAUAUAAUUAAUAACAAGCCUCAUUGGGCAGUUUUAUGCUUAUAAAUAUAUGGCUUAAAGGAAAUGUUGUGAAAUGUUUCAUUUCUUAAAAAUGAGCUGAAAAAAGAUCACGUUGAUAUACUUACUGUGUGGCGAGUAGUUGUGUAAUAAGCAGGACAAUGUACAACCAGCUUGUUGAUAUCCUAAAUAAGUCCAUUCAGGGUUAUACAAGACUCAUCUGCUUAAGUUAAUGUAAACGGGUAGAAAAGAAGCAUUAACUCUUUCACUGGGUGCUUCCGAAAGCGCUAAAAUACUGCAUUCCAAGUUGGGGGAGACAUCCAUGCACAUCCGAAUACAAUGAUUGCUUUACUUCCUGUUUUGAUACCAUCAUCAGGUCGAUUUCUGCAAGCAGCAUAAAUGUAUUCUUCGCUUCCCUCAAUUUCCCAUAAUUCUUUGCAUGUGCGGGGAAUGUGAUUGGGAGCCUGGUCUCGUUUGGAAAAGUAAAAUGGCAGCAAGUGCUGGAGCACUGUUUUAAAGCAAAUAUAUAAAAUGUUCACUUUUUACAACUUCAAAUGCAUUUCUAGCUAAUUGUAGUAUUGUAGUUUUUAAAUAUUUGAUUAGUUACCACAAAGGCGCUAUUUGUUUAUAAUUCAAAAAGAAUUUUGUUACGCUGCCUAUGAAGGCUGUCCAAAUGUGUUUUCCUGAGCUGCCUUCAUACCGCCAAGGCAAUAAGUCACUGCCUAAACUUUCAGACAUUGUAUCAAUGCAGCCUAACUGACCUGCUUAUUUUGUACUUUUAAGUUUUAAUGUAUUAUGUCUUAUUUAUGAUGUGAAAAUAACUUUACCUUUUAAAAAUAUGGUAGUAACAUUAUUGGUUUUAUGGGAUUGCAUUUUUUAUAACUGUCUAUUUAACAUGUUUAUGUUGCUAAAAAGACAGUAUCUGUCAAAUUCUUUAUAUUGUAAUAUUUACUGUGUAAUGUAAAGGUUUAUGUUGUAAUAAUUACGGUUCAUUACCAUCUAUUUUAUAGUUCAGAACUGUCUAAUUUAAAAUGCUACACUGUAAAAAAAUCCAUAAAAAAUGACCAGUACUUUUUCUAUUAUGUUUACGGACAUUUCCUUUGAUUCCUUUAAAAUUCUGUAGAUUUACAGUACAUUCUCCGUAGUCUUUAUGGACACUUCAAUUCGCCUAUGAAACGCAACAAUGGUGACAAUCAACAACAAAGCUUCAUGCCGCAAUGCAUGCUGGGUACCAGGAUUGUAGAAAACUCAUUCAUAACUCGCAUGCAUCAUACAUUGUGACAUGACAAAAUUGUGCAACUUUUUUACCAUUUACUGUCACCAUUGUUGAGAUUUGUAAACCAAUUGUUGAUGUAUCUCUAAAGCAAAAAAAUAAAAAUAAAAAAUAAAGCAGUCUUGUUCAAAACAGUGCCAUUUUCACAGAAUAUAAUUUUUUGUGCUUAACUCUUUAUUGUUCUUUAUCAUUUUAUGUUUAAAUGAUAGGCAUGACAUAUAUGCAAUCAAUCUUAGAUCAUGUGAUAGUUUUUUUUUUGCUGUGUUAUAUAAAGUUUAUUGUAAAUCAAAAUAUUUCUCAGGUAAUAUUAACUGCUGCACUUUUUGUAUGUUGAACACUUCAUUUUCAGCAAAACGAAACUGUGAUUUAAAGCCUUUUCUGUGAAUUAAGAUGACUUAUUACCAAGAUUUAGGUCAUACCACCCAUUUCAAACCAUCAGGGAAAUAUGUAAAAACAGUGUUUUGUUGUAUUUUUCUUGUACUUGCAAA